CAUUAUAGAAGGCUUUGUAUUUUGAAAAUUAGGUGUGAAAAAAAUAACCGAGUUUUCUUUUAAUUUUAAUCUAAAACAGAUGCUAUUUGUCUGACUGAUAUGACUCGUUAGUUGAAUCGUUACCAAACAUUUGCUGAAAAGCAUGUAAAAGUCAAAUUCUCUCUCAGGCAUCUUAAAUAUGUAUUAGUAACUUUGGAAAAGAUGAACUAUAAUCGUGAGCCCGAUGAUUUCCAAUCAUCUCCGAUCAUCUCACGUGUUUGCUUGUGACGUCAGUUUUGUCUGAUGUCAUCGAGACGCGCAUGGCAAAUUGACACGGAAGAGUUACGAUACAUUCUAUUGUGUACUAUUAGUACUAAUGUACUAUUUCACCUUCAUAUAAGACAUAUUUAUGUUAUAUAUUUUAAUAUAUUAUAAAUUAAUGUUAUUUGGUCAUCAUGAUUAUCAGUUGCUUCAUCUGUGUAUUUGCAGUGCUGGUGAAUAAAGUGUGUCCGCAGGUCACAGUAGAGGCUGUUAUUGGUGGCUCUGUUGUCCUGCCGUGUUCUUCAACUCAACAUGAUCUUAAACUUCAAGACAUUGAUGUGUAUUGGGUGUAUAGUGGCAGCACAAAUGUGAUUGAUAUAAUCAAGGGUGAAGAAUCAGAAGCGGGACAAGACACACGGUACAAAAACAGAACUAAAACUUUCCAAUCUGACGCGUAUCUGAGAGGAAAUUUUUCCAUCAAACUUACUGCUGUCACUCACGCUGAUGCAGGAAAAUACACUUGUCUCAUCACACAUUCAUCUGAACAUGAGACUGUAGAACUGAUCAUCAAAGAAUCAACAACAGAAAAAGGAAACAAAACCACUGAUCAAGAAAACCCAAACCAAACAGAAACGGUACCAAAUGAGACAUUGCCUUUUCAGUGGGUUAGCAUUGUAGUAUCUGUAUUAGUAUUAUUAAUACUGUUUAUUUUUGCCUUUUUCAUCAUACUUUACUUGAGAACAAAAAGAGCUCAAGCUCCCGUUUUCACAUCAACCAUAAAUCAAGAUCAAACAACAGUGACAUAAACAGGUCUAAAAGCUUCACUUUACACUUUCUCUGACAGUUACAAAAGUUACAUUUAUUCAAAUUGUUACAUCUUUUGGUUCAUUCUGGUGUAAAAACAGAUAUAAGACUGUUUUUUGUUUGUUUGUUUUUGCCAUGUGCACUGCUUUGUUUUUAUUCUAUGAGAGAAUGAGAUUUUGAAAAACUGAGAUCUUGUCGCAGAUAGCGCACGUACGUCUGCAAGAUGUCUGUUAAAGAUCACUUGAUCUGAAAAGCGUCUGCUGUGUACAAACAUCUGUCAGACGUCUGUCAGUAAGAUGUCAAUUUUACAUACAUUCUAAAUCAUAAACAUCUUAAAGACAUCUGAUAGACGUCUAUUUGUCGUACUGCAGAUGAGCAAAUACUCUAAAAAAUGUCUUGCAAAUGUAAAUCCAGAUGUCAGAUAGAUGUCUCCGAGAUGUACGUGUGCUAUCAGGGGAAAGUUUUUUUUUAAUGAUGACUGAGUCGGUCAGUAUAUUGCUGCCUUAACAUUUCUGUACCACAAGUGCUCUUUCUAUUUGUGUUUGCUAGUAUAAAUGUAUUUUGUAUUCUUUAUGUAUUAUUUUUUAUUUGUUAAAUUGUUGCUGCAUAUAAUGUAAAAUGUGCAGAAGAUGAAACAGAUAAACAUGUUGCUCAGGGUUAUGUUGAGAUGCAAUGUCAGAAGAGCACAACAUAAUGUCUUUGUUUGCAUCCUGAAUUUGCACUAUUCAAGUCAAGGUUAUAUCUACAAGUUAUAAUAUGCCUAUUCACGUAAAAGCAUGAGCUUCAUGAGAGUGUGAAAAGAUACUGCCUUUUGCCUUUAGAUCUCUAAAAUCUAGUGGAUUAUUCUCAGGAACAUUUAGAACUGAAUAAACUUAAUUGUAUUCAUUGUGUGAAAGGUGAUCUUGUAUUAAAUU